UUGACGCUUGGUGCGACGUAAAUAUGUUGGCUUGCAAGUUGUACGUUCGCUGUGGUUAACCUACAAAAUCAUAACCUUACUAUGCGGAGGCUCGUCAACUUUGCGAUGCUUCUUUGUUGUUUGAACAGAAGCGUCGCAGCUACGCAUUGUUAUCCGGAUUACUGUCGGAACGUGACAAAAUUAGUUUCUACGCCUGGUUUUCAAUGCUUGCUGACGAACGUUCAGAAGAAUGGAGAUUGCUCGAUUCUCACGACGUUCGAGGGGUUUAGUCACGAUCCACCAGAAGGUGCUGCUGUCAAAUUUAGUUUACGUGCGUAUACUUACAAACAACCAGGUGUGAAGGUAACUGCGUUUAAUUUAAGCGUUACCAACCCAGACUUUUAUGGGCUGGUUACGCGCUAUCAAAAUUUACUGAACGAAAGCGAGUCGGCUUGUAGAUACGUAAAACUUUAUGGAAACGAGACGCAUCCUCCGCCCGACGAAUUCUACGUUUCAUGCCCGUUCUCGAACGAAUCUUACGAAUCGAUUCCUUACCGGUUAGAUUAUCUCGUGACCGGAGAGCGGUACAAUUAUAGCAAACGGUACAUUUUCAACGUACCUAUACAUAGAUUUAUCGGGGAAGAUGUAAGUAUAAAGGAAUACAAGCCGUUUGUAUAUAUAGAUGUGUCUCAUGCACCUCUUCUCUCUUUACACGUUCAACCUCUGCCAGAAGCGUAUAACGUGACAAAGUAUAACAUUUGGUUGAUAAACAACGACACAGAUUCCGUCACCUUCACCGGUGUAUUCUCUACGACGAGCAAACAAGAUAUUCGGUACAAUUUUACCGCGCACACUGGUGUUUUUUAUUUUAAAGUUUCUCCGGUACAUUCGGACUGCGGGCAGGAGGGGGGAUGUGCGAAUAGCACCACGCCUUUCAUCAUUAUACAAACGUCUCAUCGUCUGUUGAUCAUGAUAAUCAGCACAGUGUGGAUACCACCGGUAAUACUGUAUGUCCUUUAUCAUCUUUACAAAUUAUAUAGAAAGGGUAAAAUUGCGAUGUUCGUAAGUUUUCGAUUGGAUACUUUUCGUGCUAUUCCAUUUACAACGUUUCCCCCCUGCAUGUUUCUAGAAGCAUCGAAAAGGAGAGAGAAGCCAAAGUGUUUAUUGGUGUACUCGCCGACCCGUCUAUCCCAUAUCAACGUAAUGAUCGAACUAGCGAAAUAUUUAAGAAUUUGUAACAUUAACGCGAUGAUAGACAUGCUCGAUGUGACGGAUACCACGGGCAAAGAUCCGGAAUAUUGGUGCAAAGCUGCCUUUAGAAACGCGGACGUCGUUCUUAUUGCAACGUCUCCACCAGCGAAAAGGCCCGCGGUAUCCACCAUUUAUCGAAACACCGAUAACUAUCUUUUGAGACUGGUGAAAGAGCAGAAUAAUCAAGAGCAGAAAGAGAAGCGUUAUUACAUAGUGCAGUUACCCUACUGCAAAUCGGACGACGUGCCCGAGGAAACGAGGCAUUUCAAGAAGCUUUGCUUGCCUAAAGAGUUGCCGAAACUGGUGAACAUGAUUCACAAGGAGGAACGCGUGAAAUCCGUUUCUUCUGUGUCCGACAAGGAAUUUUUAGACAGCGUGAAAUUAGCGAAACUCGAGAUAUUAGAGAAGGAUGCGAAUGUUGGAAAAGACGAACGAGAAACUGAAAACCUUUUAACCGUGGAAAACAGAGCGGACGAUAACGCGAUGUCUCAGUCGUUUGGGACUAACAUCGACGAGUUAAAUUUGCUCGGGGAGAGGAGCAAAGAGGACGAAGAAGUAUGGACUCGUAAAUCUUCGAAGAACGAUAUCUCUGGGUUCCGUAUCGAUGAAUUAAACUUGUGAUUUCGUUUUAAGUACCUUUUACCAACGUCUGGUGGACAAACUUAGCUUACGAGUAAGAUAUAUAGUUUUUAAACGGCGUAAGACAUUUUUUACACUUGU